GACACCAGGUAAUGGAUGGUAAGAGUUUAUAUACCUUUUAAACAAAGGAAGGUAAAAAAUUUGGGGGAAAGAUGGGCUUAGAAAGGAAUGAGUCAGUGAGCACCCCAUGCCCAACAGGAGAGGGAGAGUGAAGAGUUCUUGGUGUCUGAGCUAUGGUCCUUUGAUACACAAAUUAGAAGGCAUUCUUGGCAAUAAGCAGUCCACAGUUCAGUGCUUGAUAAGGAGAGGUCUCCCCAAAAUAGGAUAUUCUGAGAGCCCCCUAAUCAAAAUUACAGGAGUCUCUAGAGACAAUGUUGUCUCCAAAAGCCAUAAAACACAGAUGUGUCCAAGAGUCCUAUAACCUACAGUCAGGAAAGUCUUUGAAGAUAAGGAUGUCUCUUGAAGGUCCAUAAACCACCAAAUGGCUCAGGGUCUGCUUCAAAGCUGGUCACUGCAAAGGAUUGUUGGUAUGUCAAGUCACUCUUCAUCUUAGUUAAUAAAGCCAGUCCUCAUAUAGCUCUUCUCCAUUACUUGGAUAAUUGGGGAGCUCAAGCACAAAAUCAUUUGUACAGAUUUGGGAAGCCAGAAGUGAGAGUUGAAACUAGGGGGUGCCCAGCUUUCGGCAGACUUGGAGUUGAAAGGGUAGUGCAGUGUGUUUGAAUUUAUAACUCAGGCUGCCCAUACUCUUUCUAGGAAAGGUCAGAAGGCCUGAAGAGUGGCUUAAAUAAUAAUAACGAUGGUUAGCAUUUAUAUAGCUUCCAGGUUAGCUAAGAGCUUUACAUACAUUAUGUCACUGAGCCGGAGUCUAGGGUUCUUGGUGGAGGAGGUGGGGGAAGGGCUGUAAGAGCAGGAGGGGGAAGGCGUCAAGUCGGCGUAUACCCACUCUAGGGCAAGAGACAAUGCCGGGAAAGCUAUAGCCCGGUCAUGACCCCUAGGCCACCGUUAUCCUUCACUUCCGGGUUGCUCCCUUUUUAUUUCCCCCACCCCAAUUCUCGGGGGGGGGCGCUACCCCGUUCUAGGGGGCGGGAAUGCGCGUGCGACCCUUUCCAGCGUGCCCGCCUCCUUUGACCCGCGCCUGGCUAAGAGCGAGGGAGCGCAUGCGCACGUAGCCCUCCGCCCGCCCCCGCUAGGUGCCAGCUCGGAGUACCCGAGGACUGGGAACAUUUUGCUGGGCAGCUUUGGCAGCUCGGAGGUGUUAGGGAGCAUGUCCUUGUCCCUGGGGGAGUUAACCUGCUUCGAGCCUACAGAUUUAAAAAGUGGAUCAUGGUACACAUGUCAAAAGAUGGCAAGAUCACGGUCCAGAUCACCUAGGUGGAAACAGAGGUCUUUAUCACCAGAGUUUAGGAAUCCUGAACACUAUAGACAGAGGUAUCUCCAUGGCAAUUAUGACUAUGAAUACAAAGGGUUUAGGAAGGAUCCCAGAAGGACCAUGCCUUGGAGAAUGGACAGUGAGAAAUAUGAACAAAGUGACCCAAGGAUCUCCUCUCAUGGAAAUAUACAUCACAGAAUUUAUGAUCACAGGUCACCUUCCCCAAAUGGAAGGAGGAAUUCUUUAGAAGAUAGUUACAGUUAUAAACCUCACCGGGGAUAUUCACCAGAAAGGAGUGAUAGUAGUCGAAAAUUUCAUUAUUUUCCCAAAUACUCAGAUGCACCACCCUACAAAGAACAUGAAUGGUAUUAUUCUUCACAAAAAAUACAAGGAAGGUAUGUGCCUGAUGAUGCCAGAUUUACUGGAAUUGGAAAAGAAGUGAAGCCUUUUCAUAGAUCGGCAGACUCUUUUAAAUUUGAAGGAAAGUGGCAUGAAGAUGACCUGAGGUACCAGAGGAUACAGGAAGACAAAUAUGCUCAGUCACCUCGUAGAGGUCUUGAAGAACUUGUGACAAGGAGCUCUUUUCAGAAGAGGUAUCCUGAGGAUGGUGAUUUCAGAGAAUAUGGACAUACGUCAAAAAGAACUAAAGACAUGGAAAGAUAUGAAAACAGAGAGCCAUCCAGGAAUCCUAAAUGGAAGCCAGAACACUCUUUCCCAUCUUACCAAGAGAAGAAAGGACAAAGGAGUGUUGAACCUCAGAUCUAUCGAUCUGCAGAAAGGGAGUACCUAGAGGAUAGUUCGUUAGCAAAGAUGUCCUAUGGCUAUCGACACAAACAUUAUAAGCAUUCAGAUGAAGAACAGUCUUUUUCUAAUGGAAGAACACACAAGUAUUCCAAGGAAGAAGAAAGAAAAUACAGUUCUCCAAAGGGUUCUCUAAAUAGAGAGUUAGAUUGUUUUAGUAGUAGUGGAAGAGUGAGAGAGACUGAGGAAGGGAACAUUGAUAUUUUAAAAUAUCCUAAGAAGGCCUGUAGUGCCUGUGCUAAUCCUUAUAAAAAUGAUAUUGAUAUGAGACUCUUCAACAACAAACUGAAGGAAAGAGUAAAGAAAGAAAUUGAUUUGAAAAAAGAGCAAGAUUUUUCCAGUAGCCAUCAUGAUACAAGUCACAGACCUCCAGAUAGGAAAUCUUCAAAUGUCAGUCUGAAGAAGAAAUUGCUUACAGUUAAAGUGGAUAUGAAGAAGACAAUAGAUAAGUACAGGGCUGCUUCUAGCCUUUCCACAGAGAAACAGAUAUCACAUGAUUUGGUUGCUGUUGGCAGGAAAAAGGAAAACUUCCAUCCAGUAUUUGAACAUCUUGACUCCAUAACACAGGAUGUCGAAAACAAACCGUCAGGAGAAUUUACUCAGGAAAUCAUCACAAUAAUCCAUCAAGUUAAAGCAAAUUAUUUUCCAUCUUCUGAUCUUACUCUACAUGAACGUUUCUCAAAAAUGCAAGAUACACAAGUUCCUGAUAUAAAUGAAAUAAAAAUGAAUUCAGAUCCAGAAAUUCACAGAAGAAUUGAUAUGUCUUUAGCAGAACUUCAGAAUGAACGGACUGUGAAGUGUGAACCAGGACAGGCCUUGCUCAGAGUAAUAGAAGAUCCCAAUGAUCUCCGACAUGACAUUGAGAGAAGGAGAAAAGAACGAUUACAGAAUGUAGAUGAACGGAUUUUUCACAUAGGCGGAGGUAUACGAAGGAAUGAUCAGAACUCCAAUUUUUCAAAAUUUCAGAAUGUCCAUGUGGGUGGAUUCCAAAAGCCUAUGAGAUUUAUUAAACCAUACUUCAGGAAAUUUAUUAGAAAAUCUUACAAGAGUGCAUAUCAUACCUCACAAACAAAAGACAUCAUUAAUGACAGACCAUUUGGAAUUAGAGGCAAUCUUCAAAACCCAAGAACCUUUAGAAGACCUUUUAAGAACAAUUUGAUAGAUGGCAGAUUCCAGCCCCAUUAUAAAUCAGGCCUAGUACUGAAGGGUUUGUAUGUUCAAGCUAAGUACCAGCGCUUACGUUUUACUGGUUCACGAGGAUUUACCACUAAUAAAUUCAGAGAAGAAUUUCUAAAGGAAGAAAAGGAGCAUAUGGACAUCGCUACUGAAAUCUAACCUGCGAUGGUAACAGCUAGGAACGAACGCUAUGAGGACAUUUCUGCCCGGCAACGUCUCUUUGUCAGGAGUUAAUAGAGAAUUGAAACUAAUACUGUAACUUUCUUGAUAAAUAAGUUUAUUUUUCAGUAGUGGAAUGCUGUAACUUUUUUACGAUUAACAAUUGCUUUUAAAUUACAGCAUUCAAUUUGAAAGUUGUAACUACGAUUCUCUCAAAAAAGCCUCAAGAAUUACCCGAGGGGAAUUUAUUUAUUGAUAGCAUUUUCUCUGAGCAUGAGUUUAUGGAUAGAGCUUACUGAGUUGUUAUAUCUGAAAGUUUAUAUGUUGAGAGUUUAUUGCUUAUGUAAUAAAAAAAAAAACCUACAGAAAA